AUGACCCGUAUAACGAGGUCUCUAUACACUUCUCGCGCAUUCGCCUCCAAUGAAGAUAUUGAGAUCAAGAAUGAGAACUCCUGGUCGUGCUUGAUAGCAGGCUUGUCUUUUCCAUUCCUUGACCCCAUCGAUAUCCAGGUCGACGUGGGCUACGAUACCACUGCGCGGCGUCUCUCUCACACGGCCCCUGAGUUUCUCGCCAGUCAAGUUGUCGAAAACGACACUGAUUUCACCCAGCCACCCGAGGCGGACUUGACCAAAAGCGUCAGCACCCCCUCCGCCCGCCCCUACACAUAUUCACUGCGACUACUGGAUUCGGCCUCACUGGUUGCUCUAGUAACGGAUGGGGAAGGUCAAGACCGAACUCAGUGUCAAAUAAGAGUUCACAUGUGGCCAGUCCACAACCAUCAUCAAUGGUUUGGGACAGCACGUUCCUGUUACAGCUCCUCCCACACCAAAGUCAAGGCCACUGCCUCGAUGAAACGAUCCACGGUUGAUGUGCUAUGCACCAUAACGAUCCACUUCGUCUACAAAGACGAGAAGUACUUCUAUAAAUGCACAAUGCUGUACCAGGGGCUCGUUUACUGGGACUGCAAUGUUAAAUACGAAAAUGUGUAG